CACAUUCACCAGAGUGCUUAACUGCCACUUGCACUCAUUUAAUGUGCAUUUCUCGAGUACAUCAGCUCUCCUUUGCCAGGAGCAGACUGUUUUGUAUCCGCGCAUGUGAGAGGAUUGCUAAAAUGUCCCGCACUGUUCCCUCCGUAAUCUAGUCCAGGUUCAUUCCGCUUCUCUUGAUGGAGAUUGGUCAGGUUGAUGUGGGGUGGCCGUCGAAAUGAGAAGCGGUCCACCACCCCCUCUUGCCCACCACCUUCCUUUAAAUCCCCUUUAACAGAUUAAUAAUCUUCGGGCAACAUCGUGCCGGGUGUGAACAUACGGAGGGCAACAAUGAAAUGAUAGAGUCCCCGUGGGGUGUCUCCUCAAUCUUAAUCCCUUUUUCCCUCUCUCUCUCUCUUGCUCUCAUCUCUCGUUCUCUCUUGGUCUCUCGCUCACUCGCCCUCACUGAGAGCUCCUCUGCCAUCCAUCAACACGAGCGGCUCUCCACUGUCACUUGACAAACCUACAAUUAUUGGCUAUUUAAUAUUUCAGCAGCCGUAAGAAUUACUCUCUUGCUCUUGCACUCUUCCUGCCACAUUUAGACUUAUUCUUUGGCAUAUCCCUGGGCUUUUUCCCCCCUCCUCAGCAAGAUGUUUUUGCAAAAGCAUCAGGGGUUGAUUGCUGGCAGUAUACUUCUUUGAGUAGGUAAAUAUUUCACGAGCGGCGGCGAGAAGCGGCAGAACACAAAAAGAGAAGCCUUCCAACACAACUGUCAGAGGGUGGAGGAGGGGAUCGAGAGACGGUAGACCAUGGCUACCAUGACGACAGUGCCCAGCUAUACCCCUUCCCUUUGGGUGCGGAUAUGUCACGCUAUACCCCGGCUGGACCUCUCCAUGCAGAUGAGAGACAACCUCUUUGCCCCUGACAGCUGGGAGUACCAGCAGACCCUGCUGGUUUUGUCCAGUUUAUCGGCCAUCGCCCUCGUUAUCUCCCUCUUGGUGGUUCUGUCCUUCCUCAUACACUACUGCUGCUGUCACCGCGGCGACCGCAGCGAGGGAUCCGAGGAGGAGGAGGAGGAUGAAGACGGCAGCACGGGUCACGGCUACAGCGGAAAGAAGGGGCGAGGGAUCUGCUGCGUCACGUGGGUGGCUGUGGCGUCGGUCACGCUGUGCUGUGUUGCCAUAGGCAUCGGCUUCUAUGGCAACAGCGAGGCUAAUGAUGGGAUGUAUCAGUUGACCUCGUCUCUUCUCACAGCCAAUUACACGCUAGCUUCCAUCGAUUUGCUGAUCUCAGACACAAUCAAUGGGCUGCAGCUGUCCGUCUCGGGCCCGCUGACCACAAUGGAGGAGAUGUUUACGGGCAGCAAACCCUUCCUGGUUUCUACGCGGAAUUGCCGGAGGUUAUCUGAGAACGUCAUCAACCUCCUCUCCUCCAUCUCCGUGGCCCGCUCCGGUUUGGAUGCGGGCCUCGGGAAUGAUACCGGCGUCAGCGGGGCCUCCAUCAUACCUCUGACCCCGGUGCCGCCCUCGGUGGCCCCCACAAUGGCGCCCUCGGGAGGAUUGAUGCCCGGCCCCUUUUCACCGGGCUGGGCGGCCAACACGUUAAUGAUGAAUGAGGACUACAGGUGGUUGUCAUACAUCAUGCUGCUGCUCCUUGACCUCAUUGUGUGUCUAUUCAUCUUGCUCGGACUGGCCAAACAAGCUCGAUGGCUGCUCAUUUUGAUGACGGUGCUGGCGUGGCUUGCUCUCUUCCUAAGCUGGGGCUCACUGGGCCUGGAGACGGCCACCGUAGUGGCCCUCAGUGACUUCUGCACCGAUCCAAACAUGUUCGUGCUCAACUCCACGAACUUCAACACCGGAACCAGCUCAGAUGUGCUGGAUUAUUACCUGACCUGCAGCCGGCGGAUGAACAGUCCAUUCCAGCAGCUCCUGACCCAGUCACAGAGGGCGCUGUCCAACAUCCACACACAUCUUUCCAGCGUGGAACGUAAUGCUCUCACACAGUUCCCCAAAGCCGAGAAAUCACUCAGGGAUGUUCAAAAGAUACUCAACAGCACAGAGGGCAACUUCCAUCAGCUGGUGGCGCUUCUGAACUGCCGAGGCCUCAACAAGGACUACAUGGAUUCGCUGAAAGGCCUUUGCUACGAUGGGAUGGAGGGACUGCUCUAUCUCUCCCUUUACUCGUUCCUCUCAGCUCUGGCCUUCACUGCCAUUCUCUGCUCUCUGCCCGGUGCCUGGAGGAGCUUCCCCAGCGAUUCGGAAGAGUACGAGGACUCGGACAGCGAGAGUGAGGACCCCUUCACCUCCCAUCAGGCACGUAGACAGACGGCCUCGGGGUCUCAGCGCGGGGCCAUGGCCCCCUUCUAUAAUUACCCGGGGGCCGGGUGGACACCCCCCUUUUCUAGUGCGCCGCCCCUCCCGACUCCAAACGUUUCCUCCAAUGGCAACCCUGGCUAUGAGAGCCUCCCCUUGACUGACAGGCAGUCCCCACCCCCCUCUUACUCUCCCAGCAUGCUGACUGGUUAUGGGGGCAGCCAAUCACACCCCAACCCUGCCCAUUCGAGGAAUCUGUAUUCACGUUGAUAACUAUUUUUUCUUUUCUUAGGGAAAUGUAUAGAAGAAAACAAAUGUUUAGUUUUCAUAUGAAUGAACACUUUGAAACGAAUGGAAACUCAUCUAAAACAAAACGAAGGCUUUAGUGUUGCGUAUGUGGGUACCACUGAGUAUUAUUGUUCUGACAAUUCUGAUUAUUAAAAGCACUUAUUAAAAAAAAAAGAGGAGGAGGAGUAAAAAGGACUGUGGACACGCUGGCAGGAUGCGAAACCCCCUUUGUUUGUCCAAACUGUGUAAACUGUGAACAGUGGUGAGGCAAGUGGAGAACGGUAUUAACGUGACUACGUUAUGUAGUUUUGUAUUCUUCAAUGUAUAACCCAUUUAUUUGAAAGUUGUUUUAUAUACAUAUAUAAAAAAUAUGACAUUGUCGUAGAAAAAGCACUGGCACGUAGCAACAAAGCACAUUUUUUUUUUCUGUCAAUGGUUAUGCAGUCCCCCCUCGCCCCUCACUUGAUAUAUAUUUUUUAUUAUUACUUUUUAUAGGUGGUAAUUCUGUAUUUUCUGUGUAUUACCUUAUGGUAUUCUGUAUAUCUCACUGUCUAUAUCUGAAGAAUAAUCAUUUCUCUUUAAAGAAAAUAACCUGAGGUUGAGGGCUAUGAGAGCCUUGUUUGAACGGAAAACCCCGAAAGAACUACGAAGCCCAUGCAGCAACAGCAGGUACAUAGCAAUAAACCAAUGUACAGUGGGUAGGAAAAGUCACCACACCCCUGUUUAAGCGGCUUGUUUUUGUGAGGUUGAAAAAAAAAAAAAUUAAAAUUAAGGCCAGAUAAUUGAUUUAAUGGAAACUUUAAUGAAAAAUACCGGUUUUUAAUUGGUUAUAAUUGUAGGUCACAUUCAUUGUCAAGUUUUAAAAUGAAUUAUCUUAAUUUUUUUUUUCCAUCACAAGAAGCUGGCAUUUUGACAAGGGGCGUGUAGACUUUUCUUUACUCCACCACAUAGUACAGAAAUGGGUCUCCCGAGGUUUUUGUGUAUAUUACGGUACGGUGAAGAUUUCAUUGAAUUCCUCCCACCCUCUUUCCUAACUGACCGUGUUAACCCCGCCAAUUGAGUUUGUACUCUGAAUGCUCCUUUUGAAUGGCAUCCUUUUACACUCAAAGGUCUAAUAUGAAUUAAUAA